AUGGACGAAAGCACGGACGUGACCGGACGUUUUGUAGCUCACACGGUUGUGGGCACGCUCGAAACGUCAGGGACGAAAAGUUUUCUGCUCCAUGCAGAAACUCUAGGGAAAACCAAUAGUUCAACAAUUGCUCAACACAUGUUGAACUCGCUUGCGAUACUCUGGCCCGAUGGGAUUCGACACGACAAAGUGCUUCUCCUAGUCACAGACGGUGCUGCAAAUAUGAAGAAGGCCGGGUCGGCACUGAAAAUCAUUUUUCCGCGGAUGCUACACGUUACGUGUGUCGCACACGCUAUUCAUCGGGUGGCAAAAGAGGUGCGGCUCUUGUUCACUGAUGUCGACAAGGUAGUUGCCAGCGGAAAGAAAGUUUUCCGGAAAUCGGCGGCGAGG